GGUAUUUAGUUGAAUAUUCUUGGCGGAUGCCUAAACCCGCUUAAACCCUACCUCCUUCAAUGCUUUCCCUUCAAACUUUCUAUUCAGAUCGGAUAAUUCCUUAAUACUAUAUCAUCUCUCUCGAUUUUUGUUGGAAUGGCGUACAGGCGGAGCAUCACAGCCCGAGCGAAGCUCUUUUAUCAACAGCAGCAUCGAAUUUCUCCUUCAAUUUCAAAUAUGCGUCGCGACGAUGAUGAUUCUCACAAGUUGCAGACCGAACCGAUUUCGAGUUAUCAUGUAGUCGAGAACAAUAUCUACAACCGAUUUUUCGUAGGCAGAGAUCAUUUCAGCAAUUACCGCCGGCCAACAAGCUUUCUUCAAGGUAAGAGAUUUGCCGUGCAGACGGUUUUUGGAGCUCGGAAUUAUUCGAGUGCGAGUGUUGGAGAAGGAGCGGCUGAUAAAAUUGAGGUUCUGAAUGAUGUGGUGGCUGUGCUGGGGGAUAAGGCCGUAGAGGCUGCUCCUGCGUUGAACGAGGUGGUUAUUGCAGCGGCGGAUUCGUUUGCUCCAGUGGCCGCCCUCCAGUAUGUGAUUGACUAUGUCCACUGUUUUACUGGUUUGAAUUGGUGGGCAUCGAUUGUUGUGACAACUCUUGUUAUUCGUUGGCUUCAAGUUCCAUUUCUCAUAAAUACUCUGAAGUCCACUUCAAAAUUAGCUAUUUUACGACCAGAGUUGGAGGCAGUUAGGGAUGAAAUGAGUAAUAAGGCCAUGGACCCUAAUGCUGCUGCUGAAGGUCAGAUGAAAAUGAAAGCUCUAUUCAAAAAACAUGGUGUAACUCCAUUCACCCCUAUAAAGGGACUUUUAAUUAAUGGACCUAUUUUCUGCGCUUUUUUCUUUGCUAUUCGUGACCUGGCCGAGAAUGUUCCAUCUUUUCGGGAUGGUGGAAUAUCAUGGUUUACUGAUUUGAGUACUCCGGAUAGCUUAUAUAUCUUUCCGGUUUUGACUGCAUUGACAUUUUGGAUUACAGUGGAGGUCAGCAUCAUUAUAUCUUUUCUUUUUAUUUUGUAUGUCAAGGUAUAGCCUUUUGCCUUUCAUGUUAUCCUCAGGAGGUCUUAUAUAUGUUUUACAAUGUAUUUAGUCUUGUAUAGGGAGAUGAUCCAACAAUACUUUCUCCCUAUGUUAACUAAUAGUAUUCAAUUUGAAUAAUUGGCUUUUCUGUC